AUGACAUCAGAAAUAGGAGAUAAUUCUCUUGGGAAUCUGGCAAAAUUGCAAAAGAGAAGAGAAAAGGAUCAACGUCGAAAACACUACGAUGAUCAACAAGUUCAAGGAACCAAUAAUUCAUCAAUUGUAUCCAAACGUAGUGUUGAAAAAUUAUAUUUCCCGCAGAUCCAACAGGAAUUAGGUUCAUGGUUCAGUCAUUUUGUUCCAUCACUGAAAAAGGAUAGGCGAUCACCGGCUAUCAAUCGUGGGUAUUGGAUACGUAUGGAAAGUAUUCGUCGAACCCUUUACAAAAUCAUUGCUAGUCAAGGGAGGAAUAAAGAUUUAGCAUCUAGGGAAAGCAGUGAUAAAUGCAAGAGGAAAAUUAUUAAUGUUGUUAAUUUGGGAUGUGGGUUUGACCCCUUACCGUUUCAAAUGUUGAGUAUGAAAAACAAGGAUGUCGUUUGGGAUGAUGGUGAAUUUGAUGUCAAAUUUUUUGAUAUUGAUUAUCCUGAUUUAGUUCAGGAAAAGUAUUUAUUGAUCCAAAAAUCAGAUGAAAUUAAACAAUUAAUUGGAGACGAAGUAGGAAAUGACACGUUAUGCAAAUUAAAUACUGCCAAUUACAAAUUAAUUGGAUGUGAUUUGAAAAAUCUCAGCCAGUAUCAACAAAUAGUUGAUCACUUAUUCUCAAAAGACACAUCUUCCGACGAAAUGAAUAUCUUCAUUGCUGAAGUUUCAUUGGCUUAUAUGAAACCAGAGUAUGCCAACCCCGUAAUUGGAAUUUCAUCCAAGACUUCCAACUCGAAUUUCAUAAUCUUGGAACAAAUCAUGCCUGAUGGCGCCCACAAUGCAUUUGCGACAAAAAUGUUGUAUCAUUUUGCCCAUUUAAGAAGUCCGAUCCAAUGUGUUGAACUGUAUCCCACUAAACUGCAACAAUUGCAACGGUUUCAACUGUAUUACAACUUUGCUGAAGUGAGAAAUCUUUUUGAAAAUUGGCAAUGGCUUAUCGAAGAUGAUGAAAUUAAGGAUCAAAUGAUGCAAGUGGAGGAAUUUGAUGAAUGGGAAGAGUUUAUUUUGUUUUGUCAACAUUAUAUUGUUCUUCAUGCAACCAAUGAUGAAAGACAAUUGGUUUAUGAUGAAAAAUUGACUCAUGAUUUUCAAGUCGAUGAGGAAGAAGAAGAGAGAGUAGUGUUUGAAAUUGAUGAGGGGGUGAAGUUGAGUAUUGAUGAUCGGUUUGAUGAGGAGGUUGAUAUAUUGCAAGUCAAAUUUCCUGCUUGUAGUCGAUUGAAUGAUAAAGUUUAUGUUCAUGGUGGGUUAAAGCAAACAAGAACUAAUGAAACUAUUGUUGUGGAUUAUAAGUCAGGUAAAAUUGAGAGACAGUUGCAAGAUGAGUUGAGAGAGGUUAUCCCGAAACCUCGAAUGUGUCAUUGUUUGACUAAUGUUGGUGGAGACCUAAUUCUCUCUGGAGGUCGAACUAGACCCUGUGAUGUCAAAGGUGAUGUUUAUAAAUUUGAUGGUCAACAUUGGUCCCAUAUUGUUCAAUUAGAUGCACCAAGAGCUCGACAUUCAACAGUUGCUAUAAAUAAAGAUGAGGUGCUCAUAUUCGGUGGAUUACAGGAAUCAUCAAAUGCAGAUCCAUUUAUCAUACUAAAUGUGAAAACAAACCAAAUUCUAUCGCUUGAACCACGGGGUGAGUAUAUUGAAAACUUAAACAGUGCGACAAUAGUCUACAAUCAAGAUAAAAAUGAGGGGUAUAUCUAUGGAGGAUUCAACGAAUGCCAUUUGCCUAACGUCAAUGAUAGACUUUACAAAUUUACAAUUGAUUAUGAUUCCAAUCAAAUUAAACUUGAUGUUGUUUUGCAACAUUUAAUGUUUGCCAGAAUAGGCAGCCAGGCACAACUUAUUAACAAUGGAAACAAACUCCUCAUUGCCGGUGGAGUAUCUUCGGAAACAAUAUUGACCAGUAAGACAAAUAUCGUCACUUUACAACUAGAUACGUUAGUUUUCAAGAGUGUUGAAGUUCCAUUGAAUGUAAGUUCCAAACAUCCAAUAAUUUUGAUUGGAUUUGGAUUGGUUGCCAUGAAUCAACAUUUGAGUUUGAUUGUUGGUGGUGGUGCUGUUUGCUACUCUUUUGGUAGCUGUUAUAAUUGUGUAUAUAGAUUAGAAUAUUAG